GAAACAUAGGCUUUGCAAUGGCACGUCCUUCCCAGUGAGGUGUCGAAGGUCACGGGCGGCAGCAGAUGCAAGGCAUGGACCUACAUGGGCGCCGCGUGCUGGCGGCUGGCCAUUUUCAUUCUUUAUAUCCUUUGCGCUGAGGGUGCCUUUGUUGGCACAGUCCGCUUGGACCUGGAAAUUGCACCGCAGUGCGCUCCUGGAACCACGGUCGUCUUGAAGCAUCCUGGCUGCCGGAUUUCGCCCUGGUUUCCAGCAGUGCUCCUGCAGAGCGAUGUGGAAGAUGGCAAUGCUACGGUGCUCUAUGGUUGGAGCCAGGAUGCACAGGAGGGAUGGACCCGUGCCACGUCAGUUCCUGCUGCUGGUUUGAGCUUCCACUCAUGUUUGCGAGAGGACUGGGAUCCCGCUGGUGAGAGGGGCCGUGGUUAUGACUACUUGCCAUCUUGCCAAGGCACUGGCUGCGUCAGGGGCUGCCGUGUCUCAGAGCCUGGCGCCUGCAAUAAGAGCCGUUUGGAGGUCGGCGAGGUUUGCCCCAUUCAGUGCGAGAGGAAUGGCUGGACACUCAGUUCGACAUUUGCCAAAUCACAAUUGGGUUAUGGUUAUUAUAGUCUAGAGUCUAUAUAGUGAACUUAGAUUAAUAUAUAUAGAUGAAUUCAGCAUUGAGAUGCAUUGAGUCAGUGAAGAUAUGUGAAGAUUAUAUAAGUAUGUCAAGUGAGUUCAAGUGGCCAACCAGCGACAGGGUUUGCUUGCAUUGGCCUGUUGUUGUUCAUUCCGGUCUCAAGACCACAGUAUCGCCUCCGUCUUGUCACACUGUGGGAAUAGAGCCCAACAAGGUGUAAGGUAUACAAAUGUCAUCAAGGGUUGAG